AUGGGAACCAUAGCAGGGAUCCUUUCAGCUGCGGGCCUCAUUGCUGCACCCUUUACAUUUGGGGCAGGAAUCGUAGUGUCCCUUGUUGGGGCAGGAAUAGGUGGCGCCGGAGGACUGGUUAUGUCUGGUUCCAAAGUCGUUGAGAUAAUCUUGGAAAAAUUAGGACUCAAAGAAGUGCAAGCGGCAAUUGAGGACGAUCGUGAAGCUUGUAGUGGGCUCCAGAAACAGUUAGACUCCUUGGAAAACUUCAUCUCUAGCUUAGCAGAGCUCCUUAAACCGCUGCAUGAUAAGGCGGUUUUGCUCAGAGAAUUAGAAGGAAGCUGGAAGGAAGUGGAUUUGAAUUUCUUAGUCAGCGGAUAUCCUAUGAAGAGAUCGGCGCGUCCACCGAAGAGAGAGUAGAAUUCGGUGCCAGGUUCUUCAGAGCUGCCACUUACGCAGCCACAAUAUCUGCAUCAGCGGCCGCUACUGCAGGCGCUGUAGCCAGAAGUGCGGCUAUUGCGGGGACACGCGCGGCACACGUUGCUGGUUCUGUAAUCAGCGCCGCUCUGUUGCCGCUGGAUAUCACGUUACUCGUCAAAUCAUCUUUGGAGCUGCAUCGUGGAUCCACAUCUGCUGCUGUAUAA